UGAUUGAACGCUUUCGAUUGGGGUGUAGUAACACUCCAAGCCAGCGGGGGGAUGUAAUGAGUCAUCUUGCCGACGAGCACUCACUAACCUCACUUGUCCCAAGAACAGGAAAGAUGGCGACUGACAACAGCUCGGAAAGCAAAGGAGAGAAUGCGGCUCUGCUGGAGAAGGACUCAGUCGAGGACGAGCGUGAGGAAUGUGACACAGUUGCAAAAGUAAAGGAAUCAAAAUUAACACUUUACCACUGGACGCAAUCGUUUAAUUCCCAGAAGGUGCGUCUGGCCAUAGCAGAGAAAGGUUUGCGUUGCGUUGAGUACGACGUGAGCUUACCGCUCAGCGAGCACAAUGAGCCGUGGUUCAUGCGUCUCAAUCCCACUGGGGAGGUGCCGGUCCUGGUCCACGAUGACAAUGUCAUCUGUGACCCCACACAGAUCAUGGACUACCUGGAGCAGAACUUCAGUGAUGAGGGCACCCCCAGGCUGAUACCUGAAGAGGGAAGCACGUACUACCACAGAGUGCAGCACUACAGAGAGCUGCUGGACUCACUACAGAUGGACGCUUACACCCACGGCUGCAUCCUCCACCCUGAGAUCACCGUGGAUUCACACAUACCGGCUUACGCCGCCACGAGCAUUCGCACGCAGAUUUUAAACACGGAGUCGGAGCUGAAGAAACUGGCAGAGGAGAACCCGGAGCUGAAAGACGCUUAUGUGGCUAAACAGAGGCGCUUAAAGUCCAAGUUGUUUGACCACGACAACAUGAAGUACCUGAAGAAGCUUCUGGAUGAACUGGAGAGCGUGAUGGACCAGGUGGAGACGGAGCUGCAGAGGCGGGUGGAAGAAACGCCAGAAGAAAACAGCCAGUCGUGGCUGUGCGGCGAGUUCUUCAGCAUGGCCGACGUCUCCUUGGCCGUCACCCUGCACCGCCUCAAGUUCAUCGGCCUGUCCCGACGCUACUGGGGCAACGGCAGCCGCGCCAACCUGGAGGGCUACUACGAGCGCGUGCUGGAUCGGCCGGCCUUCAGGAGAGUCUUGGGCCACGUCAACAACAUCCUGAUUUCCGCUGUGCUUCCCGUGGCGUUUCGCGUGGCCCGGAAGAACGCCCCGGUCAUUGCCGGCACCACCUUGCUGAUCGGCCUGUUGGGCGGAGCCACGUACCUGGCCUUUCUCUACAUGAAAAGGAGGUUGACUCUGUCCAGUUGGGGAGGCUGGAGCUGAAUUCAUGGGGCAGCACACAUUCCGCACAUUUAAAAAAGUCUAAUCAGUACUGUGCAAAAGGCCACCCGCCGCUUGCUUGUCAUUUUGUACAUAGAAGUAAGUUCUAUAAGACGACAGUCAUCCUUCGUUUAUCACGGUUAAUUGGUUCCAGACCCGACCGGAAUAAGUGAAUUUCCGCAAAAGUAGGAUUCCUUACUUAUUAGAGCACAGAAAAGCUGUUGACGACCUUCUAAAUACAGUUUUUAGCAUUGUUAGCGCCCCCUAGACAUGAAAUAAGUCAUCUUUACACUCGUAUUACCCAAUUUAGUAGGCAUAAUAAGAGAAAAUAAGACAUAAGACUCAUGUUCAUGUGUGCUGCUGUAAAUGUGUUGCGGUGCUUGGGGAGCUGAGUGGGGGGCGGACUGGAAGCGGUGUCAGGGCUUCAAAGUUGAGUUUUAGCUCGGCUGCAACAGUAGCGGGUUUAGGCCGGGAUUAUUGCUCCUGUUGUGAAAUCAUUCAAACUUGCAAUAAACGCCUGUUGUUCCGGCGAUCAAGGGUGGUGCUGGUGUGUUUCACCCAACAUUCCAGUAACGUUACUGACACCUAGUGGCCAGUGCACAGUAGUACAUAUCGUCACGUCUUUUAGUGAGUCUUCUGAAUGUCUUAUGUUUGUUGUAUUGUAGUUCAUUUAGCCAUUUUCAUGCUUGAAAAUGCAUAAUUUAGGCAAAAAAUACAUAAAAUUUGCUCAAGUAUGCAUCUUUUUUGACUAAUAAUAGGCCGUACUCUGCCACAAAACAGUAUGAUUUAUGAAUAUAUUUUUUUAAAAACCAUGACAGAGUGAGGCCACGAAAUUCAAAGCACGAUGUGGCAAGGAAUGACUGUACAUUUAGCAGGAUUCCACAAAAAAUGCAAUUCUCGUAGCACGGUGGCGGAUUGGCUCAGGAAGAGCCGACGUUGCAGAAAUGUAGAAUUAUGAGUUAACAUAAAAUCUGGGGAACAAUUAUAAUGGUCGGUCCACUGUGCUCCACGAACCAGGAAGUAGCCUGCUCGCUGAAAAAAAAAAAGAAAAACAGAUGGACAAAGACAAAUGCCACGCUCCACAGGCUUGUGCAGCACUACAGCAUUAACAUACCCGACUUUUGCACAGUACUUUAAGCAGUUCUCAUGUAACUCAAGCAAAGCAUUAUUUGUAAAGCAACAAGUGCUGUAAAAAUGCUCAAGUCAGCUGAAGGGGAAAAAAGCAUGUUCCAAAUGUAUGCAGCUUCUCGUUUUCAUUACGUUUGAAUGUAUUCCUGGUUCAAAUUCAAGCUGAACAUUGUUUAAACAAGCCACAAAAAUGCAUCUGAAUUCAUCAUCUCUCCUUCUGCUUCUCGUCGUGCUCUGCCAAAUCACGUAAGUCUCCUCCAGCAUCUGUCUUCCAAACACUCCCCUGCCAACCCAGUGGAACUGAGAAUGCAUAUUUGAAUAAGCUGUAUAUACUGUAUAUUACCAAGAUCCUUUUCAACAUCACCCAGGGGAGAAAAAUAAGCACCAACACAUUCCCAGGGUCUGGAUGCAAGUCAACAUCUGCGGUCAUGUGUUUACCGCAGGCCGACGCUGACAUUGAACAUAUGCGAGGACGACUCACGUGAGCUGC